UGUACCUUUCCAUGUUUCAUCAACACGAUGGUUUUGCUUAUAUCACUGUUUUUUCCAGGAAAAUCCCAACCCAAGCAGUCAGUCAGUUCUCAUUCUCUUCCUAGUCCUAUUGACAUUGCUUCGACCCUUCAGAAUAAUCCUGCCACCAAACAUGAGUCUGUUACCGCUUUACUGGGGGCUUGGAGCGAGCUUCUGCUGCACGACCUUGCCAAUACAGGAAAUCUGAAGAGCCAAGAUUGCUGCAGUGAGAACGCUAAGAAACAUGGGGAGUGUUACGGGAAAUUGGGACACGGGCAAUGCCGAGAAUACAUGAGAACAUUGCCAGCAGUCGACAUGGAUAGUUGCAAAUUUGAAAAUCGUGAACAAAUGAAUCUCGCCACUUCCUACUUAGAUGCCUCCGCUAUUUAUGGUAACACUGAUAGACAAAUGGAAAAACUUCGAACUUAUGACGCAGGUCUGGUCAACGUAUCUGCCUGCGCUUCCUGUCAGUCAAACGCACUAUACUCCGCCAUAUUGAAGGAACACAACAGGGUUGCCGUCAAUCUUGCACAAUUGAACAGACAUUGGUCCGAUGAAAAACUGUUUUUGGAAAGUCGCAGAAUUGUUAUUGCCGAAAUUCAACACAUCACCUUCAACGAGUAUCUUCCAAUUGUUCUUGGAGAGGAAGCCAUAGUACACUCAGAACUCGAGUUGAAGUCUCAUGGCAGAUUUUCGAAAUACUCCAGUGCUAGAAGAACAGGAAUAUUCAACGAAGUCGCAAUGACCGCUUUGCCUGUUUUAUUAUCGACGCUACCCGUUAAUGUGAUGAACGAGAGUGUAGAGUCUUUUGCCGAAAUGGUAGACCUUCUGAUAACCACUCCAUCGCACAAUCCUAGUAUGCACAUUAUGGUACCAGUCCGACCAGAAUGGGAUACUGCCUCCUUGUUCAUUCAUAUGGGACGGGACCACGGUAUACCUUCCUACCCAAGCUUUUUGCAGUACUGUUCAAACUCGACCAGUAAAAAAGUACUGUCCUUCGAAAACUUGAAGAUAUUUGGCAUAAAAGACGAAUACAUCAAAGCUCUCAAAUAUAUGUACACGAGUCCUGAAGAUAUCGAUCUCUUGGUUGGUAUAUUAUUGGAGAAACCCAUUCCUGGUACCAUGGUAGGGCCAACCUUGAACUGCCUCUUGAAAGAACAGUUCCAGAUUCUGAAGGAAACGGACAGAUUCUGGUACGAGAACGAUCUGCCACCUAGCUCUCUGACAACGAAUCAGUUGAAAGAAAUAAAGAAAAUCACGCUGGCUGGACUACUCUGCGCUAACACGGAUGACCUGGAGAAGAUACAGCCAAAAGCUUUCGUCCAGGAAGAUACCUAUUUGAAUUCUAGGAUAUCUUGCAACCAACAUCCGCUACCUCAGCUUUCAGAAUGGGUGGAGAUGGACCAUAUGGCGGAUUUAUCGGAAGACUUACUGAUGGACGCACUUGCCAAAGCCGAGCAGGAUGUUCUACAACGACGGAAGAUGGAGUAUUCAGUGUGGAGUACAGUUGGCGGUGUAAACCCGAAAUCUGCACUUGGAACGGCAGCAUCUUUCAGCAAAGCCAAUAAGAAUGCUCUGAAACUAGCCAACACAUCUCUUCUAUUCGAAUUUGCCUCUAAUGAAAUCGUCAACUCUCUCCUCCAUCGUCGUAGAAAACGGCAACUCUUUGACGACAAUAUCAUACCUUCCAUUUUCAGAGACGAAUUGACAGAUACUCUCCAACAAAUAGAUCUUGGAGCUUUGAUCCCGACCGAUACUUUCGAUGUUGAUCUUCACUGUGAUGAUACAUCUCCAUGUGACCCCAGUUAUCCUUUCAGGACUAUGACUGGACACUGUAACAAUCUGAGGUAUCCCAGCUACGGAAAAAGCUUGACAACUUUCAGCAGGCUUUUGCCAAGUGUUUACGAUGAUGGUAUCUCCAAGCCCCGAUCAAUCGGUGUAACUGGAACUCCACUUCCAAACCCCAGGGUUGUAUCAAGAGUCAUCCACCCAGACAUAAGUAACCUCCACAAUAGGUACACUCUCAUGACCAUGCAGUUUGCCCAAUUUUUGGACCACGACCUCACCAUGACUCCCAUCCACAAGGGUUUUCACGAAUCAAUUCCCAACUGCAGAUCUUGCGACAGUCCCAGAACGGUUCAUCCAGAGUGUCAUCCUUUCCCGGUACCGGCAGGAGAUCACUACUAUCCAGAAAUAAAUAUUACAUCUGGGGAAAGAAUGUGCUUCCCCUUCAUGAGAUCUCUGCCUGGCCAGCAGAAGUUGGGACCUAGAGAACAGGUCAAUCAGAACACCGCUUUCUUGGACGCUUCUCAAGUAUACGGAGAGAAUCAUUGUGUUUUGAAAGACCUGAAAGGACCUCUUGGGAAAAUGAAUUUCACUUCGCAUCCUGUUAGGGGUAAAGAUUUGUUGCCAACCAGUGACAAACAUCCUGAAUGCAAGUCAGCUUCUGGACAAUGUUUCAUUGCAGGUGAUGGUAGAGCCUCUGAACAACCUGCUCUUACAGCCAUUCACACCAUCUUUCUCCGCGAACACAACAGAUUAACAGACGCAUUGCGGCACAUAAACCCUCACUGGGACGAAGACAAACUUUUUGAACAUGCCAGGAAAAUACUGAUAGCUGAGAACCAGCAUAUAACCUACAACGAGUUCUUACCGAGGAUUUUGGGAUGGAAUGCGAUGAAUCUUUAUGGUUUGAAACUUUUACCUCAGGGAUAUUACAAGGAAUAUAACCCCACUUGCAACCCAUCGAUUGUUACGGAGUUUGGUGCUGCUGCAUUCAGAAUUGGGCAUUCUCUGUUGAGACCUCACAUUCCUAGGUUGAGUGCAACAUACCAAAUCAUCGACCCCCCAAUUCUGCUUCGUGACGGAUUUUUCAAGACCGACAUCAUGAUGAGGGAAAACAUGGUAGACGAAAUCGCCAGAGGUCUGGUAUCCACUCCUAUGGAAACUCUCGACCAAUUCAUAACAGGCGAAGUCACGAACCAUCUCUUCGAAGACAGAAAGAUACCAUUUUCAGGUAUCGAUCUGAUUGCUCUCAAUAUUCAGAGAGCGAGAGAUCACGGUAUACCGUCCUACAAUAAUUACAGGGCCUUGUGUAAUCUGAAGAGAGCUACCAGUUUCGAAGAUCUUGCAAGAGAAAUUCCUCCAGAAGUCAUAACGAGGUUGAAGAGGCUUUACGCCACCGUAGACGACAUUGAUCUGUUCCCUGGAGCCAUGUCUGAGCGGCCUCUACAAGGAGGACUGAUUGGGCCCACUUUUGGAUGUAUCAUUGCUAUCCAGUUCAGACAAUUGAGGAAAUGCGAUAGAUUCUGGUACGAAAAUGAAGAUCCUGUAGUGCGAUUCACGGAAGCACAGUUGAGCGAAAUUCGCAAAACCACCCUCGCCAAAAUUCUUUGCGAGAACAUGGACAUAGAAGGGGAAAUGCAGCGAGCAGCUUUCGACCUCCCCUCGAAUUUCCUUAACCCAAGAGUUCCUUGUCACUCACUGCCAGAGAUCAACUUGAAUGCCUGGAAAGAAUUUGGUAACGGAAAUGGAU